CAGGGACUGGUCUCAAGGAGAAGGGCGAGCGUCUCCCUGCGGUGCCAGCAGCUGCCCAGGAGAGGGGGUGCAGGCCGGGGGCCAUGCUGGGCUCGCUGGGCAGGGGCGAGGUGACAGCCCCCCGCUGCUGCGCUGGCCGGCCGGGGGCUGCCCUGCCCGGGUGUCGGUGACCCGCACCGAGAGACGGGGGCAGAGCCAUGGCCAGGGAGCUGAGCCAGGAGGAGCUGCUGGAUUUCCUCUGCCAGGCCGGCGGGCGAGUGACCAACGCCGCCUUGCUGGGGCACUUCAAGCGCUUCCUGCGGGACCCCGGGGCGGCCGGGCAGGUGCAGCAGCGCCGGGAGCAGUUCAAGAGCCUCGUGAACUCGGUGGCCACGGUGAAGCAGGAGGCGGGCGGCGGCCCCAAGUACGUGGUGCUGAGGAGAAGGUACCGGGACCUGCUGGGCGAGAAGCUGAGGCCACCUGCCGCGGAGCCGCCCCCCGGGCCCGGGCGGUGCCAGGGGCAGGGCCUGGCCGGUGCGCCCCCGGGGAAGGAGGCGGCUCCUCCAGCCGCCCAGCCAGGGAGCGGAGCGGGCUCCGCGGGAGGCCGGGGGAGCGGGGCGCACGGCGGGCUCCGGGAGCAGCAGCGCCCGGCCCCCCGCGGCCGCCUCCCCCGGGAUCAUCCCCGCUCCUGCCCGGGCGGAGCUGGCCGGGGGGCUCCCGGCCUCCCCCAGGCUGACUCAGGGAGGCAGGGAGCGGAGCCGCCUCCUGCCCCGGCUCGGGCCGCGGGCGGCCAGGGGCCCCCCCCGGAGCGCUGCGCCCCGGGCCCGGAGCUGCGCCGGGCUGCCCCGCUCGCCCUCCCCGGGGCGCCCCGGGCUCCCGGCCCCUGCGCUCCCGCUUGGCUCCGGCAGCAGCGGACCCAGGAAUGGGUGGAGGGGAGCCGAGGUGCGGGGCAGGCGGCCCGGGACAGCUGGUCCGCUCCUCUCUCGGCCGACGGCAGCUGCCCGGCCCCGGCCCCGGCCCGGGCGCUCCCCGAGGGUGGCUGGAGGUGCCCCCCGCCCAUCUUCAGGAGCAUCCGCUGCCAGCUGGCCCUGCAGGACCUGGAGGAUUUCGUGGAGCAGGCGAGCCCCGGGAGCGAAGGGGGCAGCGGGGGUGGCACCGGCAGCGAGGGGAGCGACUCCCCGCAGGAGGUGGGGGACAGGGCUGCCAGUCCCUCCGGGGGAGCAGGCCAAGGGCCCAGGGACCCAGGGGUGCUAGCCUCACGCUGCCAGCCGCUCAGCAACGGGGCCCCCAGCCACCGCUACCUCCGCAGCAAGGGCAGGGCCAACGGGCAGGUGGUGGAGGUGAAUGGCACCGCGCCCUGCACCCGCCACUCCUUCAGGAGCAAGAGUGCCCAGGGGAGCAGCAGGGUGUCCUCUUCCGAGGAUGAGCUGAGGGCCCAGGACCAGGGGAGGAGAGGCCGGCGCCCCCGGAGAUCCAGGAAGAUGGCCAAGGGGGCAAUAUUGGCUUCCCCAGGUGUGGACACUCCCAUCAUGUUCCAGUUCUUGGGCUCUGUGCAAAGACAGACUUGUGUGCCUGCAGAGGAGGUGCUGCCCGUCCCGCAAAGACCUUUGGACUCCAGGCCCUCCUCUGUCCCGCUAGACCCCAGGGAACACAACUGGAUCAUCAUGGUGGCUGCUGGCUCCUGGGUGCAGGUCCGGGCACUCUUCCUGGAAGAUCCCCAGCUUGCUUUGCAGAGGGACUUUAUUUCAGGCUACACCGCACUCCACUGGAUCGCCAAACAUGGAGCCAAUCAAGUGCUCCAGGACUUGGUCAGCGGGGCCGAGAAAGCGGGCACCCCCCUGGAUGUGAACGUGAAGUCCAGCUGUGGCUACACCCCAUUGCACCUAGCGGCCAUCCAUGGACACCAGAGAAUCAUGAAGCUGCUGGUCCAGAAGUUGAACUCCAAGGUCCAUGUGCGGGACAGCAGUGGAAAGAGGCCUUGGCAAUACCUGAGCAGCUCAACCUCUGGAGAAGUGUGGCAGCUGCUGGGGGCUCCAAAGGGCAAGACAAUCUUCCCUAUCCAGCCCUUAGUCAGACAUGCCUCGCCCCCCAGAAAGGCCAAGAGCCAGGAGGUGGCCAGGAGCAUCAGCAGGAAAACCUCCCUCGCAGCCUGCCUGAAACCAAAGCACAUGAAAUGGAAAAUGGCUACCAAGUACCCUGCCCUGAGGGAGCGGGAGGAGUAUAGUGACUGACAAGGCAGCAGAGUUACCCCAAGGUGGGGACCACAUGUACAAGCCUUGGGUAUUUGGCACAGAGCCCUUCUAGGCAGGUUGGUUCGCACAAUGUGGGGUCAGUCUAGAGGUGGAGGAGAGGGGGCACUUUCUGGUUAACUUAGACUCUUACACUUGAACUACUAGGAGAUCCUUUUCUGGCCUAUUUUUAAUAGAAAAUCCAUCUAGAAACCUUCUGUCCAGUGAGCUAAUGCUGUGACAACUCCCUGCCGUAUGAGACCGCCAACUUUGGGAGGCAGCUGGGGACACUCGCUCCCUGAAGCUUAGCCAUGACCCCUACUUGAGAUCUCAGACUACUGGCCCCAAGUUCAGGCGGUUAGUCUCAGAAGCAGUUCUUUAGAUGCUGGAAAGGUGUGGUGGUGAAAGAUAGGCAAGGGAGUAAGUAGUGAUCACAGGAAGAAAAGAUUUUGAGAAAACCCUAAAUCAUCCCUAUCUGACCUGGCCUCCAGAUUGAAACCAAGAGCAGAGAGUGAGCCCAAACUCACCUUCAGGUACUUCCUGCUGUGGAGGGAGGCACAGAUCGUCACCAAAACAAUAACAGAAAUAUUCACGUGUCGGGGGAAGGGAGUGGUGAUAAAGCUGUUAAAUUGGAACAUCGUGUGCACUACACUAGUUGUACAGACAAAUAAUUCAUGUUAGCAGCCAAGGGUGUGUGAGGAGAGAAUGGAGACUCUUCCCUUGGGAAUGUUAAUGAGAGAGAUGAAGAAUCCCUGGCACAGUCCUCCUCCUAGAGACCCAACCUUUAAAGCUGCUUUGAUGAACAUCCAAGCCUUGUUGUUUCAGUGUAGAUCAAAAGACUAACUGAAAAAGGCACUGUCACAAAGAUGAGAAAUAUGGCUAAUCUAUUUAAAAAACAAUGUUUUUAAAUUAACAAGGUUCCUAAAGCUUUUUUUUUUUUUUAAUAAUGUGCAUUCAUUAGUCAUUCAUCAUGCUGCCAGUUAGUGUUAAAACAUUUUCUGGAAAGAAAAUGAUCAACAAAGCAGGGUGUCUGAUGUUCUUCUUAUUCUUUUCAUCCACAGCUGAGGACUAUUUGCGGGCUUUCACAUCUUCCUAACACAACACACACAAUCAGCAAUCAUACACCUUGGUGCUGGGCUACUUGUCCAAGGCCAGCUUCGUUAGUCCUGUUGCAUUUAUGCCAUCUGCCUGUCUUUCACAUUUGCACAGGUAAUUAUUCCUAAAUGCAACUGACUGGUUUUUGAUAGUUUUGAAAAUUAGAUGAAUUCUCCAUUUGAAUAUUCUAUGCAACAAUUUUUUUCUUGUUUUUGUUCCUUCAGUUUAAAGGAAAUAUUUCAUGGGUUUUAAGCUAUGGAAUAAUAUUUUACAAAACCUAAAUGGGGGGGGGGGGGCAAGUUUAUACACUGGCCCUUUAACCUUGAUGGAUUUUAAUAUUUCAAUCAAGGGCUGAACUCACUUUUAAAGCCAAAGAGGUUAAAGAGCGUGUGGCGAGCACCCUGCCGUUUCCAGGGGCCUUUUGUCUGUGAAGUCUCUGGGUGGGAUGGAGGUAAGAGCAGACACUCGGGGGGUUGAUAUUCAUUCCAGAACUGGGUCAUUCCAAGCCACUCCACACCCACCUUCUUUACAGUGUUCAGCAUCACGGGGUGUGCUAACAGUCUGCUGCUGUACCUCCCUGCUCACUUCAGGGGUGACGCUCACCCUGGCACAUAAGGCCCUCUUAACGUGCCCACCCCCAAAAAACCCCCCAGGGUACGGCAUGCUGAGUGGAGCAGGCAUGAAGGGAAUCUUGUACCUACACUACAUACUGUAGACAGGGGCCCUCAACCAGUCCCUUGAACGUGGAAGGUCACAAUGGCAUGAGGGUCAAAGUUACAGACCGAGAUUGACAUUUAUGCAGAUUUUUCUAUCACAUAGGUUUAGUAGGGCCAAGGCAGCCGUGAUCACUUACCCACUUAGUCCCUGACAAAUACCCCUGCUGCAGUCAAUACUGAGCCUGGGGCUGAUUUCCUCCCCUUCCCGCCCCUCGAUAUGCGUGACGCCUACUUCUAGCAUUCACUCCCAUGGCCCCUGCUUUAUCCUGGCUGUCCCUGUUCGGGGUAGAUGAGUGGGGCACAGCUACAGCGGAGAGGGGAAGGGCCAUAGGGGUUGAUAAGGGCAGCACUGAGGUCAGCCAUCCACCAAGAUGGCUAGGCUCUCCCUAGAAGCCCUGACCCUUCUACCCAGCUGUUCCAAGGCGCCAGGACACUAAUACAUAUUGAAGUUUGUGCUCCCUGCCCGCUCUGGUGGGCGAACCAUGCUCAUGUGUGGCAGGCAACAGCCAUUACUGCUAGAUCAAUCACCUGCAGAGGAAGGGCUAGAAACCUUGCCCUUCAUCUUACAAAAAAUAUCCAAACCCACAGGCUUCCAUCACCUGAGCUCAAGGAUCUCUCUCCUAAACCACCAGGUGAUAUCACACAGACCCUGAUCCUACAAACGUGCUUAACUUUACUAACAUCACUAAUCCCAGCCAAGUAGUAAAACCAACUAUUUCCCAUAACCUAUACCCUAUACCCUAUCAGCAUGUAACCUCAGGAGCUCUAUGAGCAUGAAUGCACAAAACUUCUGACUUGACUUGACCCAUUGCAUGGUUUUUUCAGUAGGACAAGGCAUGAUCUGCCCUGUAUUUGCAACCCAAAGGCUGCAGCAUCCUAAAGCAUUAGUCCCAGAAAGUGAAAUUGGCUGGAAGUGGAAUAUACUGAAAGUGACACUGCUGAGUCUAUUUUCAUUAUCCAAGCUGAGCAAACGGUACAAAGUUAAACCAAGAGAGCAUAAAUAGCAAAGAGCAACUUAGAUUUUUAAUAGGCUAAGAUGUUAUCCAAAAACAGGGAAGGAACUUUUAAACUGGCUUCUGGAAGUUCAGUCUAGGCAAAAGGAAUGGGCCCAACAAGAAUCAGUUACAUCUGAUAAAAAUCAACAAAGCAGAAUGGAGAAGAAUCAUAUUAAUAAAACUUCAGCUAUUAAUUCCCUUAAGAAAGUCUCACACGGCAACUAAAAGCAAGUAUAGUUGAACCUUGAGGUGAAAUUCCAAGACGCUGGGGUGAAAUUCCAAGACGCUGGGGUGAAAUUCCAAGACGCUGGUGAAGAAUGGCUGUAUAGUUCUGCCUUGUUAGCCUUUGCUUGGUUAUGUUUAUAUUUCUGUGUACUAAGGGUGAGAUUUUUCAAGCAAUUGGAGGGAAUUAGGUGUCCAAUUCAAGGGAACUGGGCACCAGACACCCACAGGUGUUUUUGAAAAUCUCAGCUUAUAUUAAUGUUCACAUGCAAAACAGCAGCAUUUGAAUAAAAGCUGAAAUCCCUUCCUUCCUGCUCCCAGCCCUCUGCAGCAACUCAUUGUAUCAGGUAUGUGCACUGUUCUGAGUCCCUGCUAACAUCAGGCGUAGGACAGGGUUCUGCAUCAGCUACAGGAACUCUACUUCUCAGCCAAGACCUUGUUUGAACUUGAAAUACUUAAACUACAAGUUUUGAUGGACCUCUCCUCCAUUAGCUUAUCUAGUUUGCUUUUGAACCCAGUGGUACUUUUGGCCUUCACAACAUCCCCUGGCUAUGAGUUCCACAGGUUAAUUGUACAAAGUACUUCUUCCACACAAUGCAUAAUUAACCUGUGGCACUCAGGGCCAUGGGCUGAGGUGAUGGCUAGAAGUAUAACUGGGUUCAAAAAACAACUAGGUCAUUUCAUGGAGAAUAGAUCCAUCAAUGACUAUUAGCCAACAUGGUUAGGGAUGUAACCCCAUGCUUGGGGUGUACCUAAACCUCUGACUGCCAGAAGAGGAAGAUGGGGUGGAUCCAUCCAACUGCCCUGUUCUGUACACUCCCCCUGAAGAUCUGGUACUGGCCAUUGUCAGAGACUGCUACUCUGGAUGGACCAUUGAUCUGACCCAGUAUAGCCGUUCUUAUGUUCCUAAGUAUCUGAAAAAGUGAUUGUGUAAUGGGAAUGCUGACAGAACCUUCACUCAGAUGGGGCCAGCAGAUGGAUCUCUUUGAUCUUUUACUACAGGAUUGUUUAUGAGCCCAGUGGCUGCUGACAUUAAUAAUACCUAGCUCUUAUGACACCUUUUUUAAAGCAUUCAGUCAUUUCAUAUAGGCACAGAAAUUCACUUCACCCACAAAGUCUGAGUAGUCAGGCUUUCUGCAGGCAAAGUCUACAGGAGUGAAGAGGGUGAAAUCCAUCCUUCA